UUGAAGACCCAAUCAUUGGUGAUUUUUCCAAGACGUGGCCAAAAGUUAAAAACUCCAUGAGCGAGUGGACUCAAGAGUGUACCUACGGGAAGUCCAAAGCAUGGAUCUUGCAAGCGACUCACCACAACCAGCAGAAUGAGACAGAGCCGUCGCCAUUGCCUACUUUAGGACGACGCAUCACACGAGAAACCGGCGACAGACAAGUAUCAAUCGAUCGAUGGGUGCAAUUUUGGUCGAAGAAGCCCAUCAAAUACAGACAACCCCCCAAUCGUGCUGACAAGAGGAACGGAGAGAAGAAGAGAAUAAUUCGCCUCAAGUCAACUUAUAAUCCACCCGGCACCUUCGAAGAACACCGACGCUGGACCUCCGCCGAAGAUCUAUUGUUCAAGAAG